AUGGGUUUAAAAGAAGAAAUUGUAGUUUUAAACUUUGAUGAUGAUACCGCUUUUAUAUAUUUUUCAAAUUUACCCUUAUAUUAUAAAACUCAUAGUAUUUUAACUAAUGAUAUUUAUGAGGACUUUAUAAAUAGGGAUAAUGUUUCGCUUAAGCUGAUUUCUGUUAAUUUUUCUUAUAGAUAUAAAGAAUAUGAAUCAAGUUCUAAGUUUGAUUUUUUUUCUCUUCAAUCACAUAAAGAUUUAUUUCAAAAAAUGAUAGAAUCAAUAACAGAUAAUGAUGAUAAUGAUGAUAGUAUUGCCAAAUAUAACUUUGAUGAAAAUAGAAAAGAAUUUAGAUGA